AUGGGAGCAGGAGGACAAAGGAAUAGACUCUUUCUCUGCAUCAUUUUGAUUUGUUUGGAGCAGGUUGCAUCACAGAUCAAAUAUUCCAUUGCGGAGGAAGUCAAAGUCGGAACUGUGGUGGGAAAUGUCGCCAGAGAUCUUGGAUUGGACAUCGGUACAUUGGCGGAGAGACAUUUUCGCAUUGUUUCAGGCACAGAGGGGGCUCAGUUUGAGGUAAACAUGAACAAUGGCGUUCUGUUUGUGCGUAAACCCAUCAACCGAGAGGAGCUCUGUGAAGGUGUCUCGGUGUGUUUAAUAAAUCUGAAAUUAGUUGCAGAAAACCCCAUGGAAAUACAUCAUGCCACUGUAGAAAUUAUAGAUAUUAAUGACAACUCACCCAAAUUUCAAGAGUCAGAAAAGAUUUUAGAAAUACCAGAAUCCAUGCCUGCUGGAAAACGUUUCCAACUACCAAGCGCGUAUGAUCCGGACGUUCUUGUUAAUACGGUGCGUGCAUACAAAUUAAACCAGAAUGAAUAUUUUAAUAUACAAAUUCGAGAACGAGGAGAUGAUAAGAUACCCUUUUUGAUUUUACAAAAGCCUCUGGACAGAGAAAAGCACACUGAGCACAUGUUUGUUCUUACAGCCGUUGAUGGUGGAAAUCCAACAAAAUCUGGAAGUCUUAAUGUUACAGUUAUAGUUCUUGACUCAAAUGAUAAUCAACCUAUAUUUACGCAAGAAGUGUAUUCUGUAACUUUAUCUGAAAAUGUGAAAUUGGGGACAAGAGUUAUCAUGGUAGAAGCAACUGACCUGGAUGAAGGAUUAAAUGGUGAAGUUGAAUAUUAUUUUGGAGGAGAACUUGACAAAGAAAUCUAUGAAAUGUUUAAUUUAAAUAAAAACACUGGUGAAAUUACAGUAAAGGCCCAAUUUGACUUUGAGAAGGUUGAAGUUUACAAAUUAGAUAUUCAAGCCACAGACAAAGGACAGCCUCCCACGAGCACAGAUUGCAGGGUGAUCAUUAAAAUAGUUGAUGAAAAUGACAACCAACCUGAAAUAGAGGUGACUUCUCUGUCAAAAAUGGUCGCGGAAGAUUCCAAACCUGGGACUGUCAUUUCCCUCAUAAGUAUUACCGAUGAAGAUGUCGGAUUAAACGGCAAAGUCAUAUGUAGUCUUUCACAAAAUGUCCCAUUUGAAUUAAAACCUUCAUUUCAAGAUAACAUGUACUCAGUGAUACUGAAAGACAGACUUGAUCGGGAAUUAGUGUCAGAUUAUGACAUCACCAUCACGGCUACAGACUGUGGUGAACCUCCCUUGUCCACGUUUAAAAUUAUUCAUCUUGAAGUGUCAGAUGUAAAUGAUAAUAUUCCAAAUUUUUUUCACAGUCCAAUCCAACUUUAUUUAUUGGAAAAUAACCCGCCAGGGAACUCAAUUUUUUCGGUCACUGCUUUCGACAAAGACUUGAAUGAAAAUUCAGCCUUGACGUAUCACAUUAGCAGAGAAGAGGGAAGUCAAGUUAAAAUGUCAACAUUUUUAAACAUCAACCCUGAUACUGGCGACAUUACAGCGCUAAAAAGUUUUGAUUUUGAGAAUGUGAAAAGUUUCCAUUUCCAAGUGGUGGCUACUGAUGGAGGAAGUCCUCCACUGAGCAGCAACGUGACAGUGAAUGUGUUCAUUCUGGAUCAAAACGACAAUGCUCCAGUCAUCCUGUAUCCAGUCAGCUCCAAUGGUUCUGCUGAAGGUGUGGAGGAGAUUCCUCGCAAUUUUAAAGCAGGAGACUUGGUGACUAAAGUCAGAGCCUAUGACGCUGAUAUAGGAUACAAUGGCUGGCUACUCUUUUCAUUUGGGCAAGUCACUGACCACAGUCUCUUUUCUUUGGACCGCUACACGGGCCAGAUCAGAACACUGCGCUCCUUGACGGAGACGGACGAAGCAGAACAUCGACUGCUCAUACUGGUCAAAGACAAUGGCAAUGUUUCGCUCUCAGCAACUGCUACCUUAACUGUCAAACUUGUGGAACCCAAAGAGGCUUUUGCAGCUUCGGAUGUCAAAAGUGCAGCGAAAUCGGAGCAGGAGGAUGAUAAUAUGACUUUUUAUCUCAUCAUCACUUUGGGCUCAGUCUCGCUUCUUUUUGUCAUCAGCAUCAUCGUGCUGAUCGCCAUGCAGUGCUCGACCAGGUCCACAGAGUACACUUCCAAAUAUCUCCAAGACACAAAUUAUGAUGGCACAUUGUGUCACAGCAUCCAGUACAGAUCCGGAGAAAAACGAUAUAUGCUAGUUGGACCCAGAAUGAGUAUUGGUUCUACUAUCGUCCCAGGAAGCAACGCUAACACACUCGUGCUCCCCGACAGGAGACACACUUCUGGGGAGGUAAGAAAUAUUUUGUUACAGUGA